UCUUCCUAGACCACCUUCAAUAUCGCAGCAGUCAGGACAGCAGCGAGAAGAGGUUGCAGUACCAUUGCUCCAUUUCCUUUACGACCUCAUACUCGCCAGUAGUCGAAUCUACCGCCCACCAUGCCUGACUCACCGCCCCCACGGGGCUCCUUCAAGCACAUUGGCAACAAGGAGAAGCGCCAAGUCGAGUACCGCAAGUUCAGAUCGGACAAGCGCAAGGGCAAGCUGGCUAGGAGGAUGGCACAGGCAAAGGAGGAAAGGGGACCCGGCGGCGAGGAGAUCAAAAAGGCUCGACUGGCAGAGAACAAGACUCGCACGAUCGAGAACACACGAAUGUUCAACCCCACCAUCAUCUCCGAGCCCAACUCCCAUCCAGGUCUCAAGCCCUCACAGGCAGUCAUUGACGCUCAGCAGCAAGCAGCCGAGAGCUCUAGUGCUGCAGCCGCGCGAGCCAGGAAGGAACAAGGAGAGGGCUCAGAUGAUGAGGGCGAAGGGGAAGGUGAAGAUGGAGAAGAAGAAGACGAGGAUGAGGACGCCAAAGCACAAGCGGCAGAGGAAGCCUUUGAGGAAGCAUCUGCCCCACCGGCCAUCCUCAUCACUACCUCCGCCCCGUCCUCCUCAACCUCUCCUCACCUCGCCUCUGUGAAUGCCCGCUCGCAUCCGGCAGAGAAGACGCGGGACUUCAUCGACGAGCUGCUCAACAUGUUUCCAGGGGGCGAGUACCGUCCGCGGGCAAAGGCAAAGGGCGCUUCGUUGGGAAAGAUUGCAGGCUGGGCGCGCAAGAGGGGUUACAAUGCCAUGCUGGUGAUCGGCGAGGAUCACAAGGCUCCAACGAUGCUCACGCUCAUCGGCCUACCCGAGGGGCCUACAGCAGUAUUCCGCCUCACGAGCGUGCAGCUCGGCAAGGAAAUUACUGGUCAUGCCCGCUCUACCCCUCACACCCCAGAGUUGAUCCUCAACAACUUCACCACUGCUCUAGGCCACUCGGUCGGCUCGCUCCUGCAGUCCCUCUUUCCCUCGGUGCCCCAACUAGAGGGUCGUCAAGUCCUCACAGCGCACAAUCAGCGCGACUUUAUCUUCUUUCGUCGGCAUCGGUAUGAAUUCACCAUUCGAAAGGGAGUGGAAAAGGCCCGUUUGCAGGAGAUUGGGCCACGAUUCACAGUCAAGUUGAGGAAGAUGGUCAAUGGACUACCCAAUGGUGCUGGUGGAUGGGAUGGAGUCGUAGACUUUGAUGGAGAUGGAGCGCUUACGGCUCCUAUUGCUGGAUCGAGGGAAGAGGCUGAAGAGGAGAAGGCCGCGCAGGAUGAAGCGGAUGGCAGGACUGUACAGCCUUCCUCAACCACCGCUACCGCUGCUGCAAAGUCGAAGAAGCGGACUAGAGGUCAGGUAGAAGAAGCCACGACUGAAUUCGAGUGGAAGCCCAAGAUGGGGGUUUCACGUCGCAACUUCUACCUGUAAACUUUGUGGGCGCCACAAGGAAUCUAUUCAGGCAGACAUUGCGCAAUUCUGCUUAUCUGUACAAUACAUUGGAUGUAGAAGCGAGCUUCUCUGAUGCAAAG